ACAGGGCAGGUAGCGAUGGGAAAAAGCAACAAAGCAGAGUAGUGAGAUUCGGCAGACACGAGCGUCAAAAAGAUAGAUUUUCUUGGUAAGAUAAAACAACGGAUAACUCUCUCUCUCACAUCUAUCUCUCAUCGCUUUGAAGAUUUUCGUUCUUGGAUUCAUUUUUCUACUGGAAGGAGGUUUUGAAGCGGGUGUUUGAUAACAUGGAAGGAAAUGUUGUUAGAAGGGUCAUUCCCCCAGACAAUAGUUGCCUCUUCAAUGCUGUCGGAUAUGUCAUGGAUAAUGACAAACAUAAAGCUCCAGAAUUAAGACAGGUUAUAGCUGCAACUGUGGCAAGUGAUCCUACAAAAUACAGUGAAGUGUUUCUUGGAAAACCAAAUGGAGAGUAUUGUGCUUGGAUUCUUGACUCUGAGAAGUGGGGAGGUGCCAUUGAGCUUUCAAUAUUAGCAGAUUAUUAUGGGCGUGAAAUUGCAGCAUAUGACAUCCAAACUACCCGUUGUGAUUUGUAUGGUCAGGCAAUGAACUAUCCAGAAAGAGUUAUGUUGAUUUAUGAUGGCCUGCAUUAUGAUGCGUUAGCUAUGUCUCCCUCUGAAGGAGCCCCAGAAGAGUUUGAUCAAACAAUUUUUGCCAUUCAAAAAGAUCGUACCAUUGGGGCAGUUGAAGGGCUUGCUCUUAAUCUUGUGAAGGAUGCCCAUAGGAAGAGGAGUUUCACAGACACUGCCAAUUUCACCUUGCGCUGUGGAGUAUGCCAAAUUGGCGUGAUCGGCCAGAAGGAGGCUGUGGAACAUGCGCAGGCGACUGGCCAUGUAAACUUUCAAGAAUACAGGUAACAGAAUGCAAAAUUACAAUAAGAAGACAAUUGGUCACAUUCUCAAUAUGAUGAUUGAUUUGAAGUUUGUCUGUGCUUCUUUUGAAGGCAUUCAAUUAGAUUAGUGGUUGAAAUAAUCGUUGUCCCGUUUAUCCAUAACUGUUGUUGUAUGUGCUUUUAAGGUGUUUCUUUGUUAUUGCUUGCUUCAUGUGGUAACAGAAUGAAAUGAGAAAAAAAAAAAUCUUUCAAAAAUUUCCGAAAAGCUUGUCUGCCUUUUUUCUUUUGAUCUUUAGGAAAUUUUAGGUAGGACUGCAGAUCUCGUGUGUUAAAAGUAUGUUAGUUGUAAGAAAAAAAUGUGGCUAUUUUAGUUGUUUUCA